AUGAGCGAACUUACCGCUGUGAAGAGUCGGAGCGAUCCAGCGCUGGAAGCCACAAAGGAGAGCAAGUUGCUGAAGAGGCUGCCUAUCCCGCCGCUGGAGGAUACUUUGAAGAGGUACUUGGACCGUGUGCAGCCUUUGCAGGAUGAAAAACAGUUCAAACGGACAAAGAGGACUGUGAUGUCAGCAGAGAAUCUCGAUGUCAUGAGGACUUUGCAAGAGAAACUUUUGCAAUAUGACCAGGAGUUGGCCAACGAAACCCCAGAAUCGUCAUACAUUGAGCAAUUUUGGUACGAUUCGUACUUACUAUAUGACCAGAGUGUGGUCCUGAACGUUAAUCCUUACUUCCAACUGGAGGACGAUCCAACUAUAUUGAAAGAUGUACAAAGGGACUCUCAAUACUCAGGUCCCUACGGUAAAUACACACUACAAAUAAAGAGAUGUGCAAAACUUGUCACCUCUAUCCUGAAGUUUAUCAAACAAGUAAGACACGGUACAUUAGCUGAGGAUAAAAUUAGAACUACUCCAUUAUCAAUGGAUCAGUACAAAAAAUUAUUUGGCUCUAGUAGAAUUCCACCUGGACCAGGUGAGGAAUCGUGCCAUUUACAAACCGACCCAACCUCGCACCAUAUUAUGGUGAUGUACAAAUCCCAAUUUUACUGGUUUGAUGUUUUAGAUAUCAAUAACUUCCCGAUUUUCCAAGCGCCUGAAGAACUCGAAUGGAAUCUGUACUCAAUUAUUAUGGAUACUGAAAGACAUAUCGGUGAUCACUUACAAAGUAGGGACGAAUUUAUCCGUUAUCUUGUACCUAUGGGAGUCUUUACUACUGAAUCAAGAAGAGUGUGGUCAAAUAUUCGUGACUACAUAUACCAUGACUCAGAUUCAACAAAUUGGAAAAACUUGAAGUUGAUCGAUAGUGCGUUAUUUGUCAUUUGUCUUGACGAUCUUCAGUUUGACAGCAAGGAUCCCAAGACAAGUAGUCAAUUAGUACAGUCCAUGCUAUGUGGUACAUCAAACAUUAACCUAGGUGAAGAUGAAAACUCUAAAGUGCCUCUUAAUAUUCAGCAUGGUACAUGCAUGAACCGUUGGUUUGAGAAAUUGCAACUAAUUGUUACUAGAGAUGGUAAGGCUGGUAUCAACUUUGAGCAUACCGGUGUAGAUGGACACACUGUUUUAAGAUUUGCAACUGACAUCUAUACCGAUUCUAUACUGAGCUUUGCAAGGGGUGUGACCAAAAAUGUUCCUGAUAUCUUUGCAGAAAAGGAAAUGGAAGCUAGUUUGAUGAAGAAACAAUCCAGGGCUAACUUGAUUACUAUUCCCAGAAAACUUGAAUGGAGACCAGAUUCCUUCCUGUUAUCAUCUUUGCAUUUUGCAGAAACAAGGAUCUCUGACUUGAUAUCUCAAUAUGAAUUUGUCUCAUUAGAUUUUGAAACUUAUGGUGCAGCCCACAUCAAGGCAAUGUUCAAAUGUUCUCCAGACGCUUUUACACAGCAAGUCUUCCAAAUAGCCUACUAUGCUCUUUAUGGUAAAUUUGAAGCCGUGUAUGAGCCAGCUAUGACGAAAACUUUCCAAAAUGGUAGAACAGAAGCCAUCAGAUCAGUUACCAAUCAAUCUAAGAAAUUUGUCAAGUCAAUGUUUGACAGUAAGGCAACGAACGCUCAGAGAAUUGACUACUUGCAAAAGGCUGCCAAGGAGCACUCUCGGAUUACGAAAGAGUGCUCUAUGGGUUUGGGCCAGGAUCGUCAUCUUUAUGCUCUGUACUGUGUCUGGAACGAGUGGUAUAGAGAUUCCUUGCCAAUGCCACCCUUAUUUCAGGAUCAUUCAUGGAGUGUCAUAAAUAACAAUGUCUUGAGUACUUCCAAUUGUGGUAACCCAUGUCUGAAAAACUUUGGGUUUGGGCCAGUCACCGCCAAUGGGUUUGGUAUUGGGUAUGUAAUCCGUGAAGAUUCUAUCUCUAUUGUCGUGUCUUCAAGACACAGACAAACUGAAAGAUUUGUGUCACUUUUGGAGAAAUCGUUCUUGGAAAUAGAUAGAAUAUUCAGAAGAGAACAUGAGAGACAAGAGGCAUUAGCAAAAGUACCAAGUUACACACCACAGGACGACAAGGAUAAAAAAGAAGAAAGAGAAAACUACCUCAGGGAGCUCAGAAAGAGAGCGGGUUCUAUGUCCCAGAAUACUAAAUCAGACGACUUACAAUUCUUACUUUCCGGUUACGACUACUUUGACAUCAGUGUUUCUGGUUGA